UUCGUUUAUUCGUUGUUCUACUGGUUCUUCUUCUUCGUCUAUAUGUACGCACGCAGAUCCCGUCCCCAUUUCCCAUCUGAAUUCUGAAGCUUAACUGCUACAACACCUACUGCUGCAAAGCUCAACAACAUUCGCUUGAUUGCUUGAUUGCUUCGUCUCCUUCACCUAUGAAGGCUUCAAUCAAGUUUAGGGAUGAACAGGCGCCGUUGAUGAGGGCUAAAGUCCCUCUCAACAUUCUCAAUUUGCCAUUCCAGUCUGGGGUUUCCGCCGGCGAAUCCAAGGAGUUAUCUCUAAAUCUCAGCACGUUCUUCGAUUCCGGUCCUUCUCUCAAAUUCUCCUACCGUCCGAAUGAUUCCCACAACCCUUUCAGCUUUGUUUUCAAAACGGGGAUCGGGAAUUUCGGCUCCCCCAACAAAAGCCCUCUCACCAUGAGCGCCGAAUUUAACCUAAUUGGAAAUCAGAACCCUAGCUUCUUCAUCCACUUCAAGCCCGAUUUCGGCGAUUUCUCCCUCAAGAAAUCGCAUUCAUCGGGGCUUGUCAAGGGAUUUGGGGAGAAAUUGAGCGGCGGAGCUGUUGGGGAGGACAAUUUCAUCAACAACGGGUAUUUGAAGGGGACUGGUUUUCUUCCGGUGACGGUUGAAUCGAAGGCCGCGGCGGGGCAGGCGUUGGGUCGGCUGGUCAAAGGUACGGAAAUGAGCGCCAAAACAGCCAUGCCACUGCGGGAUUUCGCGGUGGUGAACUGCCGAUGGGGGCUUAGGUUUCCACCACAGGAGGCGGCGAUGGCGGAUGAAAUGGACGCUGUGGUGGUGGGGAGGAAGGGGAGCAAUCGGAUGGCUGGGAUUAGGCUGCCGCUGUUGGUGAUGAACAAAAUUGGGAUAGAACACGUGAGUAAAUCAAAUUCGAAGGGGAAGAAAUCGGGGGGCGAUGAUACGUAUGAGAAUCUUGGGAAGAUGUGUACAGAGGUGAAGAAACAGCUGGAGGUAAUCCAAGGUGAGAAUGGGUUGUUGAGUAAGGCGCUGAGUGAAUUGAGAUCAGAUAUGGCUGCCGGAAAAAUGGAGUUUCUGCUGUCUGAUCCUCAACGGGAGAAGUAUCCGAGGAGCAGUGGGGAUAAGAAGUCAUUGUCGGCGGCGGCGGCAGAAGCUGGCAAAGAAGCUAACAAUGGAUUGAAAGGUGCACAAAAUAAAUGAUUGAUUUGUGUUUGUGUUUGUGUUUGUCCAUUGAUUCAUAUAUGGAUGGGCAUUGAGUUUUGAUCAAGCUUGUUGCUUUCUUUAUUGAAACGAAUCAUGUCAUGCCUGAGCUUCAUCUAUCUAUCUAUCUAUCUAUCUGGUUUUGCUUU